GACAGAUAAUGUAGAACAUAUCCUACAUAAUCUGGAGCAUGUGACAGAGCUAUGUUCUGGCUUGUCAAUUUCCGAUUUUUAUCCUUCGCUGAAAUUUAUUAGUGUUGUCACUGGGAUGAGAGCUCGAAUUAUGAAAGUGCAGAAAGACGGUGAUAGAGUGUUUGAUGAUGUCAUCAGAGACCACAUAGAAAAGAACAGGAACAAUGAUGGAGAGAACGAGGAGGAUCUCGUUGAUGUUCUUCUCAGGAUUCAAAAGGACAAUGACUUUGAGACCCCAUUAUCUUUCGAAAACGUUAAAGCAGUUCUUAAAGAUGUUUUAUAUGCUGGAACUGAAACAACAGCAACUACAACAAACUGGGCAAUGUCAGAAUUGCUCAAAAACCCAGAAGCUAUGAAGGAGGCACAAAUGGAGGUAAGAAGAGUUUAUGGAAGCAAAGGAUAUGUAGAUGAAUCAGAACUUCACCAAUUAAAAUAUUUAGCUGCUGUCAUCAAAGAAACUCUGAGGUUACAUCCACCAGGAGUAUUGUUGGUUCCAAGAGAGAACUAUGAGAGUUGUGAAAUUAAUGGAUAUGUGAUACCACCCAAGACAAAGAUUAUCGUUAAUGCUUGGGCCAUUGCAAGAGAUCCCAAGAAUUGGAAUGAUCCAGAGAUGUUUGAACCAAGGAGGUUUCUUGAUACAAUGGUUGAUUACAACUUCAAAGGUUCAAAUUUUGAGUAUAUCCCGUUUGGUGCUGGAAGAAGAAUAUGUCCUGGAAUUACAUUUGCUAUACCUGUUUUAGAGUUGUUGCUUUCCAAUUUGCUUUACCAUUUUAAUUGGAAACUUCCAAACGGGAUGAAGCCUGAGGAGUUAGACAUGGAUGAGUUAUUUGGGGCCUCAGUAGGAAGGAAAAAGGAUUUAAUUGUAAUUCCCAUCGGCUAUUCUCCUUAGUACUAUAUGUCCUUGUCACAUGGUGUUAAAACUCAAUUAAGUCGGUAGGGCACACCAUUAAAUGAAUAAACUACUCUUUUGGACUUUUGGUUUUCUGAUCAUGAGCAUUGGGUACAAGUUUAUUGUGUUGGACUUUAUUCUUCCCCCCCCCCCCUUACGUUGCUUAGUUUGAAAUGAUACCAUGUUGAGUUAAAAAAUAAUAGCUCGUUAGAUUUAUAUUUUA